GAAUUAUUGUAGUUUAAAAAAUAAGGUAACCUCCGAAUCAGUGCAUAAAAUUAUUGUUGAAAAAGGAAAUUAUGAAGAAUUAUUUGGUUCUACGAAAUCUACAUUUUCAUUUUGCGACGUUGAUAAAAUAAUGCCGAAAAAUUUACAAGAUUCUUUGAAAAGAGCAAAAGAAAAUCCGAUUGAACCUUUUACAUUUUUAAACAAAAUUCCGGUUGAAGAUACGAUCGAGGGAAAUACUUUUGUAAAUACGAAGAAUGAAUCGAUGGAAAUAGAUGUAAGUAAUUUAAAAUAACAAAUUAUUCUUAAUUUUAUUAUUUUCUGCAAGUGUAAUUUUUUUAAUUUAAAUUUCGCACGCUACCUAACAGAUAUAUGCGUUACACUUGACACACGACACACGAUUUUGAAGUGUAUAAGUUGCUCAAACUAUUCAAAGUUUCAUUUUAAGUUUAAUUUUACUAAUAUUUAUACUAAUUUGUAAUAAAGUCGUGGUAAUUAAAUUGAUAUUUUAGUGUUCGAAAAUGGUUUAGUAUAAAUAAAUAAUUUGCAUUUAUUUUUGAUCUUUUCGUUGAUCGAAUUUUGCAGAUUCAAUUGAAAAAUUUGAUGAAACGUAUAGAAUUAAAUAGAAUUCUUCUUGAAAGAACGAAUCAAAGGGUUAAAGACAUUGAUACUCUUGUAAAACGAAGUGAAUUAAUUCUACCGAAGAAUCAAAUUUAUGAUGAGAAAAUUUUCAAGAAAAUGAAAUCAGCCGAUGCAACAGAAUCAUCGAAAAUUGCAUCUCAAAUCGAAUAUCCGGAAAUUGAGGAAUUUCGUCAAACAAUAAACACAACGAAGGAUGUGUUAAAUUACAUGAAACAAAUUUCUAAGGGAGAAAUGAUUUUGGACGAUUUACCGGCAGAACUUUUGACUCGUGUAAAAUCGUCUAAUUUAAAAAAUUAAUCAAAAA